CACAAAAAUAAAACAAUUAUUAUUGUUUGAGAAAAUGGCCGGAGCAAGUGUAAUUUCAUUUAGUAUACUGGAGAAUUAUGGCAUGUUAGUCUCAUGUUUCGGAACACGGUUAUUCUGUUACAGGCGGAAACGGCGGAUCUACGUGUGAUAACGCUCUGUUUAUUUCUCCACUUAAUACCGGACUUGUGAGAUGAUGUUGAAACCAUGAACAGCAGCGCGUCAUCGAACGAAACCUGGUGGGCGCGGCCUUCCUUCUGGGACAUCUACAGUGCUGCUGGUGGAAUUGGUGUAUUUAACACGGUGUUCAUUCUACUGACAAACACGUUGCUCAUCUUCACCAUCACAACCUCCAAGAAGCUGCGACUGCGUUUCAGCAACCAGCUGAUACUGAGCGUGGCUGUGUGUAACUGGUUAUACGGGGCGGUGUGGUGCCCAAUGAAGGUCGACUACAUCUUCACGCGCCAGUGGAGGUUCGGCUGCUGGAUGCACGUGGCGUACCAGAUGUACGAAGAAUACAUCCAGAUCUUCAUCACCACAUGGUUGAUCAUCGUCUACAACACGUGCUACAUCGUCGAGCGACGCAGGAUUCAAAAUCCAGUGGUUUCCAAGAACAAGGUCCUCGCCCUCAGAUUGGGAACACUCGCAUCUCCUUGGGUCGUAGCUGUUGUCGUCAUCCUCCCGCUGGCAAUGGCCAAUCUGCACCCGGUGUGGAAUCAGAGUGUCUGGACUGCCAGUUACUGUGCUGUGAUUCUGACGCGCUGGGCCGACAUCCUACUCCCCUGUCUCUGCUUCUUCAUCCCGGCCACAGUUCUGAUGCUCCAGACUUUGUACGUUUUCGUGAGUCUCAAUUCUGACAGUAGAAGUUCCGUGAGGACGACGCCCUUGAACAGAGCUAUCUCCAGGAGAAUCGGCGUCUGCGUCAUAGCUGCCAGUUUAAUCACGGUCCUCCUCUCUAUGGGCGAGCAGGUGUGCAAUCUGGUCAAAGAAGUCUACAACUGGAACAACAAACUGCACGUGAUCACGUGGCACGUGACGGACCUUUUGGCAGACUUCCAAAAAGUCGCGCUUCCGCUAGUGUGGAUUUUCUUGCCGGAGAUUAAGGAAGAGUUGGGAAUGAAAAUAAAAUGGCGUGUAGGAGGAAGAUACUUCGCAGAAGACGCUGUGGAAGUUACAUAUUAUCGAAAUUACGCCCACGAUUAAUUAUUAAGCAUUAUGAUGUCAUAAACAUUUAUACGAAGGCCAGCGUUAUUUAGGGACAGCAUUACUUGAUGACACGAAUGCCAGAGUUUUCAAGAUGGAAGUGUACCAGGUCAGAGUUCGAAGUGAUUAAGGAGUAAACCUUAACUAUGGCUGUGAUUGGUGGAUAUAUGUCUCACUGGUUAUUACCUGAACAAUUAUUACACUAGUGACAUUUUGUACUUGUUAAUAAUUGAGGUGGCAAUAAAAAAUGUGUGAGGAUCAGAAGGUGGGUACUGUAAACUUCCUGUAAGUCGUUAAAACAAUACGUGACAGCAGAGUUUCUUUGAGUAAUUUAUCAAUGGGAGGUACCAGACUGUCAGUGUAUAUAUUGGCCCAGUGGUUUGACACAUUGCUUCUGUUAUUUUUUAUUAAGAAUUGUUACUAUGGUCGUCAGUAGGAAUUUAUUAGGUAUAAUGGAACCUAAACACACACACACACACACACACACACACACACACGCGCGCGCGCGGAAAGAUAACUCUAAUAAUUACUGAUAACUGUAUAUCACAAGUAGGGAAUAUAUUAUGAUACAUAUUCAGUAUUCUCUGUAUUGUUCUAUAAAUCUGUCUUCACUGAUAUUGGCAACGUCAAAUUAUUGGGUUUGAUAUAUAUACUCAUCAAUAAAACUGCGACAG